UUGGAAAUAAACUAUAGAGAGCAUAGUCACUAAUAUGAGUGCCUGAUCAUAAUUGUUUGUUUGUAUGUUUUUUAAAUUUAUUAUAAAUGUAUAUUUUUAAAUUUAAUUGCUAUUUAAUACUUACUAGUAAGAUGGUGAAUUAUUUUAAACAAACAUUAAUUUUCAGCGUUUACAAAAAUCUGUAAGAGAAUACCUGAACUAACUGAAGAUAUGGAUGGUGAAGAUGGAACAUGGUUCUCCUCUUCUUGUAAUCAGUAGACCCACCCUCUUCCUUGAAGUAAAAAAUGAUCAUAAAACACAGGAAGUAUUUUAACUGCUUUUGAACACAGCAUUGUGGCAGUAUGGCAGCCAGUGCACUGUCCCUCACCCUCUUGCUGAUGCUGUUAUGCAGCCACUCUGGGCUCACUCAAGUGGAAGCAAAACCUGAAGUGAAGGUGAGGCCAGAUCAGCGUGUGUUCAGAGGAGAGACAGUCACUCUCACAUGUGACAUACAGGGAGGAGGAAACAUUCAGUGGACAUACAGCUGGUUUAAAGAUGGUUCAGUCCUUCCACACAUCACUGAGAGAGUCUACACCAUCACAUCUGAUGAGUCUUACAGUGGUGUAUACAGCUGUGAAGUAAAGAGCAUCAGUGAUGCUGUUACACUGACUGUAUCAGAGAGACCAAAACCUGUAGUGAAGGUGACGCCAGAUCAGCGUGUGUUCAGAGGAGAGACAGUCACUCUCACAUGUGACAUACAGGGAGGAGGAAACAUUCAGUGGACAUACAGCUGGUUUAAAGAUGGUUCAGUCAUCAGACACGUCACUGAGAGAGUCUACACCAUCACAUCUGUGUCUGAUAGUGGUGAAUACAGCUGUAGAGGAGAGAGAUCAGACUCACAGAGAUCAGACAUCAGUGCUGCUGUUACACUGACUGUAUCAUAUUUACCCUCAUCUACACUGACUGUGACACCAGACAGUCCUGUAUUCACUGGAGAGACAGUCAAUCUGAAGUGUGAGAUAAAGCCUGAUCACAGUGACUGGAGAUAUGAGUGGUAUAAAACCAGUCCAUACUACAGCGUAAUGUUACAGACGUCUAAUCGUUACACUGUAAACAGAAACACUCUCACUAUCAGAGGAGUAAUUACAUCUGAUCAGGGUCAGUACUGGUGUAGAGGACAGAGAGAUGGAAAACCAAACUUGUCACAAUCAAGCUCUCCUGUUUCUCUCACUGUGAAGGAUUUACCCACAUCUACACUGACUGUGAUACCAGACAGUCCUGUAUUCACUGGAGAGACAGUCAAUAUGAAGUGUGUGAUUGAGUCUUAUAGUAACUGGAGAUAUGAGUGGUAUAAAGGCACAGACAGUGUAAUGUUACAGACGUCUGAUCGUUACACUGUAAACAGAAACACUCUCACUAUCAGAGGAGCUACUGAGUCUGAUCAGGAUCAGUACUGGUGUAGAGGACAGAAAAGACCAAAACCUGUAGUGAAGGUGACACCAGAUCAGCGUGUGUUCAGAGGAGAGACAGUCACUCUCACAUGUGACAUACAGGGAGGAGGAAACAUUCAGUGGACAUACAGCUGGUUUAAAGAUGGUUCAGUCAUCAGACACGUCACUGAGAGAGUCUACACCAUCACAUCUGUGUCUGAUAGUGGUGAAUACAGCUGUAGAGGAGAGAGAUCAGACUCACAGAGAUCAGACAUCAGUGCUGCUGUUACACUGACUGUAUCAGGUCUAAAGCCAAAGCCUGAACUCACAUCAGAUUCUGCAGGAGCUGCACUGACAGGAAACACAGUGACUUUGAUCUGUCGCAUGGAUCCGUCCACUGGAUGGGACUUUUACUGGUACAAACACACACUGAACUCUGAGACAAAGAAGACAGAAACAAACUCCUACAGAGUGAAGAUUGAUUCAGUGUCUGAUGGAGGCCAGUACUGGUGUAGAGCUGGAAGAGGGAAACCAGUCUACUACACACAAUACAGUGAUGCACUGUGGGUAAAUGUUACAGUGACUCCUAAAGCUGUGUUGAUGGUACGACCUGAUGAACGAGUGUUUAGAGGAGAAACAGUCACUCUCAGAUGUGAUAUAAAGUGGGGAGGAGACACUGAGUGGACGUACAGAUGGGAAAUAGAGGGAACAAACUACCAAUAUAAAAACACUGUCAGCCGAAUCUCAACACAAGAGUGGAAGAUCAGCAGUGUUGAUCAUGUUCACAGUGGUAAAUACACCUGUACAGGACAGAUGGAUAAACAAAGCUCUCAGCGCAGUGAUGCUGUUACACUGAAUGUAUCAGCUGAAGCUCAGGCAACAGUGCGAGUGUCUCCACAGCCGUGGCUGACUGAAGGAGACUCAGUGACUCUGAUCUGUGAGGUUACAGGCUCCUCUACAGGCUGGACGUUCAGCUGGUUCAGAGAUGACGAUCAUCUGUCAGACAGCAGCAGAGGAGCUGGAGGCUCUUACACUCUCAGUCCUGCUGCUCUACAGCACACAGGAGUUUAUACGUGCAGAGCAGAGAGAGGACGACCGGCCUAUUACACAAACUACAGCAACACACAGCCACUGUGGAUCACUGGUAAAUCGUCCCAAGUGUCUCUGGUGGUCAGUCCCAGCAGAAGUCAACACUUCUCAUCUGACUCUCUCUCUCUGAGCUGUGAGGAUCAGAGUAACUCUGCUGGAUGGACAGUGAGAAGAUACACAGACAGAAACACAGAAGAUUGUUCAAAACAAACAGGAUCUACAUGUCGAAUCGUCUCUCUCAGCACAUCUGACACUGGAGUUUACUGGUGUCAGUCUGAAUCUGGAGAGAAACGUCAUCCUCUCAACAUCACUGUACAUGAUGGUGAUGUGAUUCUGGUGAGUUCUGUUGAUCCUGUGAUUGAGGGAGAUACUCUGACUCUACACUGUUUACAUCGAUCUACAAACUCCCCGAUCCUCACAGCUGAUUUCUAUAAAGACGGAUCACUCAUCCAGAAUCAGACGACAGGAGAGAUGAACAUCACUACUGUCUCAAAGUCACAUGAGGGUUUCUACUACUGUAAAACAGAGAGAGGACAGUCACUCCACAGCUGGAUCUCAGUCAGAGUGUCAGAACAUAAAGUUUUUGUCUUCAACAUCCUCACUUUUAUUCUGGCAGCUUGUCCGUAUCUGCUGGUGACAAUUGUGCUGCUGUUCAAAUGCUACCAUGCAAGAGUUCCAUCUGCUGAAGACCAAAGCCAGUACGCCGUGACAGAAUAAACUUCAACCUGAUAUUAACGUUCUUAAAAAUUCAUGUUUAUCAUACUGUCAUUUUUGUCAACAUAUUUAAUUGCCUAUAUAUCAUUAAACAAUGAGUUAAGUGUGUUAUUCUGCUUUUAUAUGCUCCCCUUUUCCAAGAAAAAGAAUUGUAAUAUGAUGUUUAGUGAUGUUUGUCUGUUCUUUCAGUAAUGAACACUUGGCAAUGAUUUUGUUGGUUUUGGUCUCCAGUUGCCUGUUUUAAUUCACUUAAGUAUUUAGUUAACAUUUUAUUCUGUAUCUCAUAUGUAUAAAUUAACAAAUGUUGAAAUUAAUGUGUAUAUUCCAAAAACUGUGUAACAUUGAGUAAAUAUGUUUGUCUUGCAUGUGUAUCAUUUGUAAUUUAUCUAAUCCAAAAACAAUGACAUCAGUAUUGUGCACAUAUUGAAAAGCAGUUGAAUGGGAGAGACAGUUGUUUCCUUAUGAUGUUUUAAAAGAACCUCCUGACAGCAAACUUUCACUGUAAAGCUCAAACACUUAA